AUGACCACAAUACCCUCCCGCCUCGCGACCCUCACACGGACAUCGCCCAGCGCCUCCGACGCACGAAAGCGCGUUCUGAAGCUCUACAGGGACUGGUAUCGCUCUGCACCCGAAAUUUGUACGCUCUACUCUCUCAGCCAGAGCCCAUCACAAGUGCGGCAUGCCAUCCGACAAAAGUUCGAGAAGAACCGGAAUGUCACGGACCCACGCGCCAUCGACGUCUUGGUCCUGAAAGGCAGACAGGACUACCAGGAGACGAUGAACUGCUGGAAGCAGACGGACCAUGUUGUGGGGAUUUUGUUAGAGUCGAGAGAUAGGCCGCAGAGGACGUUCUUGCAGAAGUUCUACGAAGGGCGAGACGAGGAGGCUAUUGUCCCAGCUGCAUCUGGAAUUUAG